UUAGACUUCGGUAAAAUACAUUUUGUUAAAGAACUGCCUAUUGACUUAAAUGUAGGCAUAUCAUGUAAAGGUAUAACGACGGAUGCACAAAGUUCUGCCAUAGUUUCCAUCCGCUGCAGCACAAUUCGUGACGUCUCCUGUCUCGUGCAUAGAUAUUUUUUGUCCGUGAAAAAUCAUAACGGUUAAUAAACGGUCUGUGACGCAUUACUGUACGCAAGCUUAGCGAGCCAUUUUCUUUUAAAUUGACCUAACUAUAAUAACUGUUAGCCAGGCAGUUCGCUCGAUCGGCGAGCGGUUCAUCUGUCCAACCCUUCACGGUCAAGAAGAUUUGGACAGCACCAUGUCAGAAUCUGACGAAAAGCGCCGACCUGCUUCAGUUUCUACAUAUCCGGAGAACAUGGACGGUAGCUUUGGGCUGUGCGGGUGGCUUAUAAUCAUCUUCUCUGUCCUGCUGAUCAUCAUCACCCUGCCAUUCUCCAUCUGGGCAUGCAUGAAGACCGUCAAAGAGUACGAGCGGUCCAUCAUCUUCCGGCUUGGGCGGAUCCUGCGGGGCGAGGCUCGCGGGCCAGGGCUCUUCUUCAUAUUGCCCUGCACUGACAGCAUCAUCAACGUGGACAUGCGCACUAUAACCUUCGACAUCCCUCUACAGGAGGUGCUGACUAAGGACUCGGUGACGGUGAGUGUGGAGGGGGUGGUGUACUAUCGGGUGAAGAACGCCAAGCUGGUUGUCGCCAACAUCACCAACGCGGACUCCGCCACACGCCUGCUGGCCCAGACCACCCUGCGCAACGUGCUGGGCACCAAGAGCCUGGCAGAGCUGCUGUCCGACCGGGAGCAGAUCGCCCUGAGCAUGGAGCUGUCGUUGGACGUGGCCUCGGAGGCCUGGGGCAUCAAGGUGGAGCGGGUGGAGAUAAAGGACGUGAAGCUGCCCCAUCAGCUCCAGAAGGCCAUGGCGGCCGAGGCAGAGGCCGCGCGUGAGGCUCGAGCCAAGGUGAUCACGGCGUACGGCGAGAUGAACGCCUCGCGGGCGCUGAAGGAGGCGUCGCUGGUGAUCGCCGAGUCGCCGGCCGCGCUGCAGCUGCGCUACCUGCAGACGCUCAACACCAUCGCCGCCGAGAAGAACUCCACCAUCAUCUUCCCGCUGCCCAUGGAGAUGUUCGCCGGCUUCGUGCGGAGCAGCCCCGACGCAAAGGCCUUCCCGUAG